AUGGCGACGUCCGCGUACCAGUCGUGGCUCAAGAAGCGCGAGUUCAAGGCGCCGCGGCCGCCGCCCAGCCCUUCGUCUGGUCCGUCCGCCGCCCAUGAGCCCGCUCCGUCCAAGGAAUCGGCGCCAGACGCCGCCAAGUCGCAGCAAGUGCCGCGACGUCCGUCUCCUGCCAAGUCCGGCUCGUCCCGCGCCGUCUCCGCCGUGGAGCGGACCGCAGUGGCCGUGAAGCACGUCGCCCGACCGUCUGCAGUGGGGAAGCGCCCCCGGAGUAGCUGCGAGGACGCAGCAGGACGGCAAGAUGGAGCUAAAGUUGCGGCAAGACAGAAGGAAGCUAAAGUUGCGGAAACUUCAGUUGCUGGAGGUAAGGUUGCUGCAAGACAGGGUGCAGUGCGGAAACGGCCGUGGAGCUGGAGCAACAGCGGAGGAGAUGUGGAGACGACCAAGAAGAGACGGAGAAGUGGACAGGAGCAGGUGAUGAAGGAGACGGCGCUGAAGCUGGCCAGUGCCUCCAAGGUGCUGAGACUUUCGUCGGCUAAACGGGGGCUGGAGAGGGCUGUGUGGAGUGGGAGGGUGGAGACGGACGCUAAAGUUGCUGCAAAGGUCACUGCAGAGGUGAAGAAGGUGCGAAUCAUGGGGCUGCAGAAGGAGAAGGAGGGGGUGAUGAAAAGGAAGCGGGCAAUUGUGGAGCAGAGUGAUGAAAGUCGUGACUCGACGACCAAGAGACUGCGGUUUGAUGUGGAGGACCAGGAGAGUGACGAGGAGAGGACACGAGGUGGAUUGCCGCCGAAAAGCCCCAUGCAGAAGAAACCGAGGAAGAUGCGCACGGCAAUGCUGGAUGAGAGUCAGUACUGGAUGGCGGUGGACAGGUUCUCGCACUUGACCUAG